UCUCUAUAAACCACCGGAAAGCAUAAAAUAAAAAUUCUAAGUGUAAUCAAUGGAGUAAAUAAAUAUUGGUUUAGAAGGGAAUUUAUUCGCUAAUUUUCCAUGUUACCAGUGUAUGUACUCGGCUUUGACAUAAUACCGUGGAUUUUCAAUAUUUCCGUCUUUCAGAAAUAUGUUGAUUACAUAUCGAUCGGGACUUUUAAUCGAUCUAGUAGACUUCAAUAUUCUGUAAAUCGGUGGAACAGGUUUUAUUAAAGACAAUCGAUGAAUGAAACUGAAAAUGACUUAAAAACAUGUAUACAAAUACGAUCUAAAGAAUGUUUUCAAAAUGAUUACAUAAGAACUCGGCGGAUAUUAUAUUCAAUGCACAUCGAGUGACAACAUCAUGCAUGACACGAGCGUUAGCGAUCGGCGCGGUACUCCUUCACGCACCACCACCCCCGGGCGACCCCGUUCACAGCGGGAGCUGUAUCACCCUGCGGUCCAAGAUCUCAGCGAGCAGGCGGCAAGAAACGGUGCUCAGGCGCCACCGGACGAGGGCAUCCUCAGCGUCGUGAGCUCAUGUACACCACGCGGCGCGCGCACAGGGGACGGCAGCUACUCGGAGAAGUUCCAGACGCCGACGCCGCUCCUGAGCCAGUACUGCCCGGAAGAGGCGAUCCGGGCGUCCCCGACCGCCACAAUGUGCUUCAACAGUCACCACACUGAGUACCUCGAGGAUCUCCACCGACAGCGCGUCCUCGUUUCAGCUCACCAACGCCGGAAAUUACACUCGCGCAUCCGGCGCUCCAAAUCAACGCCGGCCGGUGGUGGCAGACGUUUCAAUGGUAGCGUACCGGAUAUGAUGUCAGAUAAGUUCCGGAACUCCGUCAAUUCCUCCGACGAUGACUCGGACAAGCUCGAGUUUGUCAUCACAAACCGACCCAACCUGGACGAGAAGAAUUUCAAAGAACGCAUCAACUAUCGGCUGACCAACCGGACAAAGCCUAAAACCGCGCACGCUGUUCUCAUGCCAAACGGCGCGCCUCUCUCGAUGGUAAACGGCUACACACAAACGCUCAUUCAAAACUACCCACAGUACACACAGAAAUACUGCAGCUGGCUCACCAGUGGCUUUAAGGUCCAGAGCGUCCGGUCCAGCAAUCGCGCGCCGACGGUAUACAGCCACGCGCGGCCGCCCCCGCCACUCCUCCAGUACAUCAACCGGCCGCGGACGGUGGCGGGAACCAGUCGCUUUGGCCCGAAGAAAGCACGUUCCGUGAGCAGCAUGGGCGUGGUCGGGACUCAAAAAACUCACACGCAGAAACUGGAGUUUCCCGGGGGUCAGAGAGUGAUCAUUCGCACGGGAGGGUUUAUCGGGACAAAGAAGUAUAUCACGUAAUGACGUAAUACAACCUUUGAAAACUAGAUUAUAUUGGAAAUACAAUGGUCGCAAAUGGCGACGGUGAUUUAGCCUCGGGUCGGAUACAGUGAUUAAAGACAGAUUUAUGUGGUAAUUACUUGGUCCGCCUAUAUCACAGGCUGGGUAUAUGGUAACGAAAACAUAGACAUUGUUAACGAUUUUAUUUAUCUGGGUGUAACCCUUAAUUCUACAGGGAACUUUAAUCUCAAUACUAAUACUUUGCGUGGUAAGGGCUUAAAAGCACUCAACGUAUUGUUAUCCAACCUGAAAACUUAUAAUUGUAAACCAAAGGUAGCUUUGCAGUUAUUUGAUGCUUUUGUAUCUUCAAUUAUCACAUACUCGUGCGAAAUAUGGGGUUUCUCAAAGUGUAGCGAGUUGGAAAAAUUGCAUCUUAAUUAAAUUCUGCAAAGCCGUUCUUGGUGUCAGAAAAUCAACAUCAUUUGUAGCCGUUUACGGUGAACUUGGUAGACACCCGUUGUAUAUUAACAGAUAUGUACGUAUCGUAAAAUAUUGGUUUAAAAUAACUAGAAGCGAAAACAUUAUAUUACGAUAUAUAUUUGAAGAUGGUCUAAUUGCCGUAAAUGAUAAUACAUUGAACUGGUUUGGGAAGGUAAGGGACUUUCUAUCUAAGUACGGAUUUAAUUAUGUUUGGUCUAAUAACUCACAAAUCAACGAGGUUAAUUUUUUGUCUUUGUUUAAACAAAGAGUUAUCGAUGAAUACUUACAAGAGUAGAAUCGAGAUAUUAAUGAUAAUAGGGUACUAAUUGUAUACAAAGCAAUUAAAACAACAUUUUCGUUUGAACCAUAUUAAGAGACGAUUGUUUCAAGAAAUUUAAGAACAGCGAUUACGAAAAUACCAAUCUGUGCUCAUAACCUGAGAAUACAGACUGGAAGGUAUGAUAGAUUAGAACGAGACUUACGACUCUGCCAAGUAUGUGACAGUAAUGAAAUAGAAGAUGAAUACCACUUUUUGUUGAAAUGUUCUAAAUUUGCCCAAAUUAGAGAAAACUACACUAAAACCAAUUAUAGAGUCAGACCUAGUAUGUUCAAACUCACAAUAUUAUUAACUACAGAAAAUAAAAAUGAAAUGCUAAAGUUAGGAAAAUUCAUUUCAGAAGCACUCAACAUUCGCAAUUGUUAUACCAAAAAUAAUGUAUAAUUUAUACAAUGUAUUGGUUGUAUAGUUUAAAAUGUAUAUUGAAUACAAUAUGACAUUAUGUGAUAUGCUAUAUUUGAACAUGUAUUGUUUUUAGUAUAUGAUGAUAUAGAUGUUGCAUUCAUAUUAAUUAUAUGUAAUAUCCGGUACUGUUUCGAUACCUGAUUUUGUGAGUGUAAUUCGAAUGUAUAAUGUGUGCUACUUCGAAAGUAUAAUUAUUGUUAUAUUUCGAAAUUAAAAUUAUUUUUAUAUUUUACUGAUUAUAGACUAUGCCGAUGUGUUAUGAUACAAGUUCAACUAUAAUUGUGCCGUUGUUACUUAAAUUGUAUGUGGUUUGGAUGUGCACUGUUAUAUUCUAUGCUCCUUCAAAUUACAAUUAAUGUUUAACUUAAUGAUUACAAAAGUAGUAAAAAGCAUUCAUAUGUAGCAAUAUACACUGUUAACAUGUGAUUUAAAACGAGUUUUGUUCAAGUAUCUGUAAAGUUCACCCAUAACUAUUAUAUAACAUUUCUGCUAAAUCCACUUACUAUAUUCAUGUAUUUUGUAUUAUUGUUUUUGUUUAACACUAGAAACUGUAAAGUUUAUGUGUAAUAAAAUUAUGUUCUGUUCUGUU